CUGUCAGCUGUCAUUUUUGUGAACCGGUAAUAUUUCUUCUUGCCCCCUUCUCUGCUUCCAACCUGGUCCGGCCCCCUUAUCACCCAUCUUGAUCAGAACAGUGGCUUCUGCACUGGUUCAAGAUCUUUCUGUGUUGUUGGGUGUUGUCAUUAUAGACAUGCCUGAACCGGCUAAAUCUGCUCCUGCCCCUAAAAAGGGCUCUAAAAAAGCUGUGACCAAGGCCCAGAAGAAGGAUGGCAAGACACGCAAGCACAGCCGUAAGGAGAGCUACUCCGUGUACAUGUACAAGGUGCUGAAGCAAGUCCAUCCAGACACUGGCAUCUCGUCCAAGGCCAUGGGAAUCAUGAACUCCUUUGUCAACGACAUUUUUGAGCGCAUCGCUGGCGAGGCAUCACGCCUGGUGCAUUACAACAAGCGCUCUAUCACAUCCAGGGAGAUCCAGACCACCGUGCGCUUGCUGCUACCUGGGGAGCUGGCCAAGCACUCCGUGUCCGAGGGCACUAAGGCUGUCACCAAGUAUACCAGCUCCAAGUAAAUAUAAUAU